AUGGCGGCCGGCAGAGGGUUGUGUUUGGGUCAGGCUCUUCUUCGCCGUGCUGUUUUGCAACGACCACAAGCUGCACAAGUUUUGUUAGGAAUCAGAAGAGGUAAGUGUUUAAGUUACACUUUCUUUAAGAUCGUUACUUUAGAGCAGUUACAAAGAUAACUUAAUACUUUUAGUCAAUAUUAUCACCACCUUCACUGGGUAUUACUUGCCCAUUUCAUAAUUUAACUUCAGUUGAACUCAACCGUAGUUCAGAUAACUUACCAUGUUUAUUGAUGGCCUGUUUUUUGGCUAAACUUUAUCCGUCGCUUUAACAAUGCGGAAUUACAGGAAAAGAAAACCUUUCAGGGGGUUGUUUGUUGUUUGUAUAACGAAAAUAAUGAUUUGAAAGUGAGUAGGACCUUUGGUAGGAAAUUCACUUUCUUGGAAAGGCAAAUUGCUAAAUUGUGGGUAUUUAUUUGUUUAGUAAAUUUUAUUCUUUGUACUUUGGGUAAUGUGCCAUAUGCAACUCACUUAAGCUUUGUCAUAUAUAGAUGUAAUCAAACGAAACACUGGACACUUGUCAGGUUCAAUUGAAAUGCUAUUAACUUUUGUGUUUUUAUUCCACACAGCUCAUGAUGAUCAUUUGCGAUUCCCUAUCCCUACUCCAGAGAGUGACUGGAAAGGUUUUACUCGUGAGUGGCCUGAUGAUGGUUAUGCUCUAGGAGACUAUCCUAAUCUUCCAAAUAUUUCCUAUCAAAGAAGACAGCACAAGGGCUGGUGGGACUGGCAAGAACGCAGAAACUUUAAUGAACCAGUAAGCUGCAAUGUUGGACCCAUACACACUGAAACCUUUUUUUUUAAAUUAUCCAUUCUAGUUUAUGCAAAACACUAAAAAUGAAUCCCACUAUUUUUACCUGAUAACAUGUGGUAUGUAAUUCAUUCAUUUUGAUACAGGCCAAUUUUUAUAUGAAUGUGUUACAUCAUGUAGUGCAUUUUCCUCCAUCCACAAUGAAAUCGGCAUAGCAAGUUUUAAUGAUCCACCUUGAGUGUCAUUUUCCUAACAUUUUCUCAACGUCUAAGUGUAGAUGCAGGGCUAGCCUGUUCACAGACCGUCUAUUUUCUCUUCAAAGUCAGUCGAACGCGCGUGAUAAAAUAUAAACCGCGGGGGAUUUAUUGACCGCCAGUGCAAGGAGGUAGUGGUGGAGGAAGAACAAAAUAGAUUUUUUCUUUCUCGUGCUCCGUGCUCGUUUUCUCAAGCUCUGCGCUCAUGAUGAACAAAAGAAAAAUAAAACGUCUGUGUACAGGCUAAUGCAGGGCCAUGCACACAACUGUUAUUUUCACCCUUUUGAACUUCUGGUAGACUUCAAAAUAACAUGGAGCAUUCUGUCUAAUAUUAAAAUGUAGGUGGAUCUUUUUGGCAUUCUUUUGUUGCCUGAAAUGGAUAUUCAAGCUCAAAUUUGAAAGUAAUGGUAUGAAAAAUACAUGGAAAUUACUUGUUUUCUUAUCAGAUUCAUGAAGAUGAGGAUGGACUGAAUGUUUGGAUCUGGCAAGAGGUGGAGUGUAGUGGAAUAUACACACCGUAAGUGCCUUACGAUAGACAUCAGUAUGAUGUUUUUUUGUUAGUUUUUCUUUAAUUUUUCUUUUCGCUUUCUCUUCUCCCCUCUUCUUCUCUUUUCUUGCCUCAUUUUUUUUCUUUUGCUUGGAAUUUAGUAGGCUUCAUUUUGGUGCAGCGCCGUCACUAUCGGCUAACAUUUCAGGUUGCUGGGUAUAUGUGAUUAGUAGAAGGGGAAUUGUACAGCAAGGAAGUUCUUUUUGUUCUAUUACCAGUAUUUUCCUUUUGUCUCCUAUGAAAGUAGCCGGGGAAAAUCCACAGCCCCCGGCUCUUAGUGACAGCCCUGUUGGUGGGAAAAGCUUUUGGGAAUGCUUAUAGGACCUUAGGAUUAGAUGAAAGGAGAGGUAGCAGCGUGCAAAGAAAGUCGUGUCCGAUAGCCCGGGGCCAGUGGAUUUGACUAUCGGGCCAGCGAAUUUUGUUCUUAACUUUCCCGCCUGGCAAGUGAAAUUUUUUAAGGAAUUAUAAUCACAAAAGAAUUGUUACACUGUAUCAACCCUGCUCAUCAUUGGGCUAGUUAAAAUGACUUUUGGGCUAGUACAUGCUAACUACAGCUUGCUCUAAUGGCAUACCGUAAAACUGACUUUCUUUACACCCUGGGUAGGUGGGUUAUAGAACAAGAUUUUUAUGUGAAUUUUCGGGUCAAUGUCUCAUGGUUCAUGGCUGCAAAAAUAUUUUUUGCCUAGGGCCAGGGUCAACGAAGACUGUCAUACUUGUAUGCUACAACGGUGCUAUAACUGAACACCCUGUAGAUGUUUGGAAACCUAGUAGGAUACUCCCUAAAGACUAUACAUGUAAUGUAAUAUUCCUUCAUGUCAAUCUUCUAACAUCUAAUCAUCGAUUUUAUAUGCCUCUGCACAAAAAGAUUACAUUUAAAGUUUAGAUGAUUUACUUUGUUUUUUUUUUCUGUGACUCAAUUUUGGGGAUUUAAAAAAUUUCUAACCUAAGAAAAAUUUGAACAACAACAUCCUUAGCAUUGAAACUUCAUUUUGAAUGCACUUUUCCAGGCAAAGUUUUGAGUGUGCCAGCCCAUGGUAUCUUUUUACUCCUGUAACAGGACAAGGUCCUUUGAUUACAAACUACACAAAAAAGAUGAAGAAUCAUCUUUGUUUGUUGUAUUUCAUCCUCAGGCAUCAAGCACUGUUACAUAUGACGAUUGCUUUUGCUAUCGUUGGGUUUGUUGGAUAUCUGUCUUAUCUUUAUGACCAAACAGACCCCAACCCUGCGGUAAGACAUUCCUUGUUUCUUUAUACAAUGGUAUUGCUAGCAGGGACAUUAUUAGACUUUCUAUACACACACACGUUUCAGUCUAGAAGAACAUGCAGGUUACGUUUCUUGCAUUACACUGUACUGUGCUUAACAGGUAAUGUGAUAGGAAUUUUUCCCAAGCCAGCUAGAAAAACGGUAGAUGAAGAGGGAGAGAAGCUGGAGAGGCAGACAGGCUGUUGGUGUAGCUUUUUCUGUUGAAAAUAAAUUUUAUCACAUUAACAACAGAGAAUCCUGUUCUUAACUUGCUCGACAAACAAGUGACGUUUUUUUUUGAGGAAUUCAAAUGACAGAAGAAGUGUAAUUCAAUCCUACUCAUCAAACUGUUUUUGGGGCCAGUUAAACUGACUUUUGGGCAAGUACAUGCUAGCUACAGCUUUGCAAAGCUGUAAAACCUGACUUUGUUUGCAACCUGCACCGGCUUUAAAAUUAAAUCAUAAACUUUGAUUAACUUGUGGACUGAGUAGUUUUCAAAAGCCCCAAAUGCAACCCAUGUUAAACUUCUUCAUUUUUGUCCAUGUGUGUCCUUAUUUGUAUCUUUUAAGUUUUUUAAAAGUUCCUACACUUUUUCAAGCCGUCAUUUUUAUACUUUCACGCAAUUCGGUGGCCAGAUUUCUUUAAAUCAUCCUUAAAGCUGCACUCAAACAUUCAACCAUUUUAUUUGCUAUUUCAGGUACCGAAGGAAUAUCCCUUCAAUAACCUGUACCUGGAGCGAGGAGGCGAUCCAAACAAAGAUCCGAGUGAGGAAAAGCAUACCUCGAACAAAAUCAUUUCCAACAACGUUUAUGGUUGUUAGUGUCCCUCUCAUUCCUAUUUCGAGAUCUUCCUUUUGUCAGAAGACAACUUAUCACUAAAUUGAGACGUUUGUCGUGCACAGAGGUCUAUCUCCGUAAUCCUUGUUUUAAAUCCGAAAGCAUUUAUGGAUCCAAAAAAGCGGUUAUGACAAAUAUGUAGUGUAUUUUUUCUUGAUCUUGGAGAAGUAAAU